UAACCUAUUUCCUUCUUUCAACGUGCGACUUGGCGACUUGUAUGUAGUUUGUGGGCUUUGCUUUGGUGCUUAGGCCACUGUUAUUUCACUAGUGUUCGGUGAACGGGUACACGUCGUGUGACUGGCAGAAGUCCUAUGUAGCGCCUCAGCUGCAGGACCAGACGGUGGCCGGGGACCACAGAAUACAAGUGCUUCCAACUAUAAGCGCAGCACUACAGGACUUUACCAUAUAUGCCUGCAGAGCAUCUCGCCUAUGGGUAUAGUCUCAGUUGAAAUAAACCGCUGCUGCCUUUUUAAGCACUGCUCAUUGGACAUAUAUACCCUUUUUUUCCUCUUAUAAAUAAAUAAUUCCUUGCCAACCUUUGAACAGCUUUACAUUUCCCAAAGAGAAAUUAAAGGGUGCACAUCAGAAGUAUCUUUAUACAUGCCUCACCUCAUAUCUGGACUAACAAGAUUCCCUAUAGCGUGCCAAAUCAGACCUAUCUGCUUCACAGGUCUAUAUUAUAUCACCUUCGCUCCAUAAUCAACUUGUCCACUAGGAACAUCUUUUGAAUUCCUUCAGCAACAUUGUCAUAAUAGGCCGGGGGCAUGUCCCUGAACAAGCUGUGUCAGCCUUCACUUCCUGAUCUUGUGUCUCUCAGUCCCUGCUGCAGGGACACAGAUGACCUACUGUGAGACCAUCAAAUUAGCCUGUAUGUGGACAACUAGUAGCCAGAAUUAGAACGGCCAAAUAUAAAGAUCUGCUACACUGAAGCUUUCCAAUAUGGGCUUGAAAAUAAAGGGAACAUGCUUAGUCGCAUUUGUGGCAGUAUUGGGAUACCUGUACAGGGACACUUUUGAUCCAGAAAGCCUUGCAAAUGUUAGGGUUUUAGUUACUGGUGCCAGCACUGGCAUUGGGGAAGAAAUAGCAUAUCACUAUGCCAGGGCUGGAGCACAAAUUGUCUUGACUGCAAGGAGGGAAAAUAUUCUGAUCAAGGUGAGAAGUAAGUGCCUGGAGCUUGGGGCAAAGAGCGUAUCUCUGGUCGUUGCUGACAUGGGAGUACCAGAGGAUCGGGAGAAAGUUAUGGAAAAAACUAUUACUGAUCUGGGAGGUUUGGAUUAUCUGGUGUUAAAUCACAUUGGCUACACCCCAUUUCAGAUGUGGGAUGGAGAUGUAAAUCACACAAGAUGGCUAAUGGAGGUAAAUUUCCUGAGCUAUAUCCAUCUUGCUGCCAAGGCUUUACCUUACCUUACAAAGUCACAUGGCUCUGUUAUUGUGCUGUCUUCCCUCGCAGGUAAAAUUGCAACACCAUACACCACAUCAUAUGGUGCAACAAAGUUUGCCCUGGACGGUUUCUUUGGCUCACUGCGACAUGAGCUAGCCAUGAAAAGGAUUCCUGUCUCCAUUACAUUGUGUAUCCUAGGGCUAAUCAAUACCCAGUCCGCCAUGGAGAAAGUAAAAGAUAAAAUUGCCAUGCCUGCAUAUCCUGCCCAUGAUGCAGCUCUAGCAGUGGUGUCAGCUGGAACAAGCCGCAUAGAGGAGAUGUACUAUCCCUGGUAUGUAAGACCACUCUGCUUCAUCAGAGAUUGGUUUCCACAAAGCAGAGCCUGGUUUAUGCAGAAGUCAUACCAGUACAAAGCAGAAGAGACAUCAACACCAUCCUGAUGGCAAAUGACUAAGAAAUCACUUAGUACAAAUUUUUAUCAAAUAUCAAUACAAUAAAGUAGA